CUCGUCUACAUGCAGGAAAUCUACGGGAUAGCUUAAUGUAGAAUCUAUCAUCAUUAAUCAAAAGCCUUUACUCCACCAAACUUCACCUCUCACAGCUUACACAUGACAACCUAACGCUACUUAGUGUACCUGACCUACCUAAUUUAAACACGAAAUCUGGGUAGAUUUCAUUUCUCUUUAAUUUUAAUAUUGGUCACAUCUCUAAGCUCUUCAGCUUCGUCACCAAUUUCGACUUUGACGACCCCAGCUGUGCUUGACCAAUUACUUGGAGUGAGAUGAAUACAACUAGCCAACGAUGUCACUCCUAACAAAGUCGGUCGACGUACCGGCUUUCGCCCGGACUCAACUAGCACUCCUCGACAUCGAACUGCAAAGCGAGAUUAACGAGACCAGCGGCCUGAUCUCAGGUACCAGCCCCGCUUCCCUGCAGCGUGCCGGGCUCGCCGUCACCAACCUAGUCGUCUCAUCGCAACGAACCGGCCUAGGCGGGAGAACGGUAAUCGAGCUCGCCCCGGACGCCGCCACCUCCGGGACCGGAGAACUGCCCGAGCAUGGCGUCCGCACCGGGGAUAUCGUGCUCGUCUCGGAGCAGCCCGCUGGCAGCGCUAAGAAGCGCGAGGUUAAGGACCUGGAGCGCAAAGGCGCCAGGGGCGUCGUGAUUAGGAUUAAAAGAGAUGCCAUUGCCGUAGCAGUCGAUGAGGAUAAGGAGGAUGCGGCGUCUUUUGGCGGCCGUGUCUGGCUUGUGAAGUUAGCUGAUGACGUCACGUAUCGUCGAAUGAAGCAGACUAUGGAGCGGUUGGGGGAUAUGGCAGAAUCUGAGUAUUCGACUUUCACGCGUGUGCUCUUUGGCCUAACGAGCCCGUCGCUUGUGCCGGCGGAUCUGGCUAGGGAUUCGGAGUAUGGGGAGGGUAAGAUCGAGUGGUUUGAUCCUACGUUGAAUGAUUCCCAGAAGGAUGCUAUUAGGUUCGCGCUCGCGUCCAAAGAGAUAGCGUUGAUUCAUGGGCCGCCUGGAACAGGCAAGACGCACACGUUGAUAGAGCUGAUCUUACAGAUGGUUAAGCGCGACCUGCGUGUGCUAGUCUGCGGGCCGUCUAACAUCUCGGUAGACAACAUCGUCGAGAGGCUCUCUCCGCACAAAGUGCCUAUCGUGCGACUCGGGCAUCCGGCGCGCCUACUGCCCUCUGUACUAAACCAUUCGCUAGAUGUACUUACACAGACCUCGGAGGCGGGCCUCAUCGUUAAGGAUGUACGUUCUGAGAUGGACGCCAAGCAAGCUUCCAUUAAGAAGACACGCAAUGGUCGUGAGCGUAAGGCUAUUUAUGCCGACCUUAAAGAACUACGCAAAGAAUACCGCGAGCGCGAGCGCCGAUGUGUAGGCACGCUAGUGAGUGGAAGUAAAGUCGUCCUUGCGACGCUUCACGGUGCCGGCGGCAACCAGCUCCGCGGCGAAAAAUUCGACGUCGUGAUUAUCGACGAGGCCAGCCAAGCCCUCGAAGCACAAUGCUGGGUCCCGCUCCUAUCAGCCACCAAGGCUGUGUGCGCCGGCGACCAUCUCCAACUACCGCCAACAGUGAAAUCAACCAACUCGAAAACGAAACCUAAGGCUGUAAAGGAAGGGGACGAGAAGGAGAAAGACGGCGCUAUUAUUAAAGGUGCAAGCCUCGAGACUACGCUUUUCGAUAGGUUACUUAAACUUCACGGAUCGUCUAUCAAGCGCAUGCUUACGACGCAGUACCGUAUGCACGAGAAGAUCAUGAGGUUCCCUUCGGAUGAGUUAUAUGAGUCGCGGUUAGUAGCCGCGGACGCGGUGAAAGAACGGUUGCUACGGGAGCUGCCGUACGAAGUGCAAGAUACGGAGGACACGAGCGAGCCGGUGAUUUUCAUAGAUACGCAGGGUGGUGAUUAUCCCGAGAAGAACGAAGAAGACGAAGACAAGGAGGGUAAGGAUGGGAAAGGGGGCGGAAAGAAGGGAAGCAUUAGGUCCUUAUUCGGGGAGAGCAAGAGCAAUGUGAUGGAGGCUGCGCUCGUCAAGCAGCAUGUCAAGAAGCUAGUCGAGGCAGGUGUUAGGCCGGAGGAUAUUGCGGUUGUGACGCCGUAUAAUGCCCAGAUGGGUCUACUGGCCCCCUUGAAGGAAGCCUUCCCCGGGAUCGAACUCGGCUCCGUAGAUGGAUUCCAAGGCCGGGAGAAGGAGGCCGUGCUUGUGAGUUUGGUACGGAGUAACGCCGAAGGAGAAGUUGGCUUCCUGAGUGAGAAGCGUCGUUUAAAUGUUGCCAUGACGAGGCCCAAACGCUCGCUAGUCGUCGUGGGCGACUCUGAGACCGUCCGAAGGGGCAGCAAAUUUCUCAACAACUGGAUGGACUGGCUCGAGAACAACGCCGAUCUCCGUUACGUCGAUGCAGCUUCGAUAGAGGCAUAAGAUAGGUAUGUAGUAAUGGGAAAUUGGGGUCCGACGAACGGACGUUUGCCCGAACGCCGAAUUCUUUGGAUCUGGUGAAUUAGAGGACAGCGUUUAUCCGAAUUGUUUGAUACGAGCGAAUGGUGGUGGCUGGAAUAUUGCGGAUGCAACUCUACGAUGCUUAACCGAGCUUACUUACAUAUGUACUAGGCACCUCGUAGAUUAUUUCUUGCCGUCUGCCGUCUGCCUUGACUCCCUCCCGCAAGGCUUAUACAAUGUAUGUGUAUGUGUUUGCAAUGUCCUGACUAUUAGGGUAGGGAGGCGGGUUAUUUAGACGGGAAUGCUCUGCCUCACUUAAGGGACAAGGAGUGCGAUACUUGGACCAUGGCGGCGGGUGGGCGGUAUCUACGAAGACGGAGGAAGUCAAGGAUCCCCAGAGUUUCCCUUAUUAAUGAGGGUUAUAACGAAUCUCCAUAUGUGGAUAAUGUGAAUGAAGUGUUGUGCUGCCGUUAAUACCAUAUCGAGCACCUAUUCGAAAAGAAGAAUAUGUAUGCGACGGUGACGCGGUGACGCGGUGACGCUGUGAUACUGUGACGAUUAGCCUAGGUACAUGUACGCACAGUAGCUUGGAUCCUUGCUGUUUCAGAAAUGCUCUUUGGAGGUGGGGGCGGACCGUUCGAGACCCACAAGCUAGACUCGAAACGAGAAA